AAAGCCAUGGCCUCAGCUGCAGUUACCAAGAAGUUGAGGGAGGAAGCCACCUGCCCCAUCUGCCUGGAGCUCAUGACUGAGCCUGUGACCAUCAACUGUGGGCACAACUACUGCCACAUGUGCAUAGUUUGCUUUACUGAGAGCCAAAGCUCUGAGACAUCAUCUGUGGGGACAUUUCGCUGUCCUCAGUGUAGGAAACCUUUUAAAAGUAAUAAUCUUCGGCCCAACAAGCAGCUGGGAAAUAUCAUUGAAACCAUCAAGGAGACAGACCACCAAAGUUUGUGUGAGAAACAUGGAGAGCAGCUCCACCUGUUCUGUGAGGAUGAUGGUCAGCUCAUCUGCUGGUGCUGUGAGCGGACACCAGAGCACAAAGGACAUGUCACUGCUCUUGUAGAAGAUGCGUGCCAAGGUUACAGGGUACAGCUCCAGAAAGUAGUCUCAAAACUGAAAGAAACAAAAUUCAAUUAUAUGCAGCUGAAGCUAUACACAACUCAGAAAAUAAGUAGUUGGGAGGAGAAAAUAAAAUGUGAGGAAGAAAGAAUCCAUUCUGAGUUUAGGAAUCUUCACACAUUCCUGCAUGAGGAGGAGGAGUUUUAUAUGUGUCAACUGAAAGAAGAAAAAGAGCAGAAGCUGAAUAGAUUGCAGGAAAAUGUAGCUCAUCUGGACAACAAACUACAGGAACUCAGAAACUGCAUUCUAGAACUGGACAAGAAAUGUCAGGGCUCAGCACAGGACUUUAUGCAGGGCAUAAAAGACACCUUGAGCAGGAACUCAGCUGUCAAUGUGGAAACACUAGAAGAUGUUUCUUUGGAGUUGCAUACAGUGUGCAAUGUCUCUGAGCGUUAUAUUAGGAGCAGAAAAAUGUUAAUGCACUAUCAAGUCAAUGUGACUCUGGAUCCAGAUACUGCUCAUCGAGAAUUAAGUCUGUUAGAUAAUCAGAGAAGAGUGCUUAAUGCUGGAGAACAUUUCUCUACAAUUUUUCUGAGACCUCAAACUGCUGGAGGAUUCCGUGUCUUACCCUGUGUCCUGGGCCGUGAGCGCUUCACCUCAGGAAGACAUUACUUUGAAGUGGAGGUGCGACAAGGAACUGAGUGGGGUGUAGGAGUUUGUCUGGAAGAUGUGCCAAGGGACACAUCGAUGCCUGGGUCUGGAUUCUGGAUUAUCAAACUGAGAAAUAACAAGACGGGUUUAGCUCUAACUUCUCAUGCCACUCCCUUUACACUGACGAACCAGCCUGAAGUAGUAGGGAUUAUGCUAGACUAUGAGGCUGGGCUUGUGUCCUUCUACAAUGCCACUACUGGUUCCCACAUCUACACCUUCCCAAAGGCUUCUUUCUCUCAGGCUCUCAGACCUUAUUUCCAGGUUCGAGCAUUUUCUUCUUUGUUCCUGAUUUCCUCAAAUGAGUAA